AUGCAUCCUCCAUGUUCUGUAUCUCAAUUCGCUCUCUUGUCGAAAGAAAUUUCUCAGCGUUUGAUCAUUAUCUUCUUCACCUCUGGUUUUGAACAAGCGAAUCUCGCCCGCUUCGAAGCAAACUCUUCUGCAUUAUUCGCAGUGUUUUUCUGUAUCUCGCUUCGUUUCACCAAUUAAUCCAGGUUUUUCGCGUCUUGGCUCGGUGUUUAUUCGGUUGGAUCAUACUAUGGCCACCGCCUCCAAGACUUCAGUCCAUGAUUUCACCGUAAAGGAUGCUAGAGGAAAUGAUGUCGACCUCAGCAUUUACAAAGGAAAGGUCCUCUUGAUUGUCAAUGUUGCGUCUCAGUGUGGCUUGACUAAUUCGAACUACACUGAACUGGCCCAACUGUAUGCUAAAUACAAGGACCAAGGGUUUGAGAUUCUUGCAUUUCCGUGCAACCAAUUUGGAAGCCAGGAGCCAGGAACCAAUGAAGAGAUUGUGCAGUUUGCUUGCACCCGUUUUAAGGCCGAGUACCCCAUUUUUAACAAGGUGGACGUGAAUGGAAAGAACGCUGCUCCUCUAUACAAGUACUUGAAGUCGAGCAAAGGUGGGAUCUUUGGAGACGGCAUUAAGUGGAACUUCUCCAAGUUCUUGGUGAACAAAGAUGGAAAGGUGGUCGAUCGUUACGCCCCAACAACUUCCCCGCUCAGCAUUGAGAAGGAUGUGAAGAAGCUGCUGGUAGCUGCUUAGAAGUGCUGUGUAUCUUUCUCUUGUUAUUAUUAGACACAUGAAUAAACCUAAAGCUGCAGUGUAUUUGGUCUGGUUUCUGAAUGAUAUCCAUGUAUUUACAAGGCUGUAGGUUGAGAAUUAUGUAAUAAAUUGCUCGAGCUUUGAUGAAUCCGUCUGAGAAAUUGUCUGGAUUUGUUGAUCCCAAAUGUGUAGCCGUGUUUUUAUGAACUCGGUCUCGCUAAAUUGAAAUUUCUGAGCAGAUUCUUCAAGAAAAUGCAGUUUUCA